UGCGAGAGUGCUGUUUUAGUAAAGUCCCAAACGACGUUCCAUAUCUAACAUGCUCUAACAUGCUAGUUAUUAUUCUAUGCUCUAACCUUCCACACUCUCUGUAAUAUUUUGAUACACCCAUAUUCACCACUCCACUAUAGAAUGAUGAAUAAUGUUUUCUCCGAUUCUAUGACACCACCUGAUUACCUGUGUCCUGAGACAUGAAGUUUUAGCUCUAACUCUAGAUUGUACUUUACCCAACAAUGAACAACGAUUAUGUUCAUGCCACCCAGUGGGCUUUCAAUCUAUCAGCUUACCAAAAUAUGGCAAAUGAUGAAGUGGAUUGGGCCACUUUGGCACAGCAGUGGAUAAAAAUGAAAGAAACGUGCCCUCAAAUGACUGCUGCAAUGGUGGUUCCCCCUCCUCCUCCGCCUGUCAUUGGACCUACUAAUUCUGCAGUCCUUAAUAAAGAUCCCAACAAAGAGGAGGGUGAGGCCCCCAUGGAAAUGGAUAAUAUCAAAGAAGAUACAGAAAAUUCCAUUGCUAUUGGUGGUUUAUCAGGUGAUAGUCAAACUUGGGGACAGUGGAGUUCGAACUGGAAUCAGUGGAGCUGGGGUUGGGGGCAAGUUGAUCCAAAACUUGGAACCAUUUCUCCUAAUAUAGAUGCAUCUGGCUAUGGGGCUUCAACUCCAGCAUUUACACCUGCUGAAGUGGUGGCAACUCCAGCUCGCUCCUAUAAUCAGGAAUAUUGGACCGCACGUAAUUCUGAUUCAUACGUCAGAAACAAAGGAGAUACUUGGGCAAGCAGCUCCCGAAGAGGAUCAAGACGGCGCUCCAGAGAUCAGGAGAGGAAAGAGGAUACUGAAGACUCAGAGCCGCCUGUUUUAGAUGCUGCCAAAAGAAGGAGUUUACCCGCUUGGAUUCGUGAGGGGCUGGAAAAAAUGGAAAGAGAAAAGCAGAAAAAAAUUGAACAAGAACAGUUGAAGCAAGAAUGUCAAAAGCAAGCUCUAGAAAAUGUAAAACAAGCAAGUUGUCUGGAGCAAUCUAAUGACCCCAAAAUACUAAUGAAAAGUAAAUUUGAUUCCGAUUCUGAGGAUGAUGGAAAUGCAGAAGCUGAUGCCUCACAAACAUAUGAAAAAACACCAAACCCAAAAUUCAAAGGACCAUCUACUGUGAAGUAUCGUCGCGCAUUUCCAUCCAUUGAUCGGAUGCCUCUUUCAAAUGCUAAGUCAAAGGAACAGAUAAUGGAAGAAACUAUGCUGCAAGUUCGAAGAAUUCUCACCCAAAUACUGAUGGAGGUGACAACAUACGAGAUGGAAAAAGUGGUAAAUCAAGUUCAUUCCUUAAUGCAGAAAAAAGCUCCAGCACCGAGUAAUGAGAAGACCCCACAAUCGUCAGUUGUAACUGGAAAAUUAGGUCUGGGAAUCUACGACAGCGAAUCGGACAAUUCAUCUGGAGAGGAGGCUGUCCCGAAUACAAAAGAUGGCGAGGAAUCGGAUAGAGAAAUAAAGGAACGCAUAGUAAGGAAAAGGAAAGACUUUCAGAAAGUGGAGAGAGAGAUUGAAGUGCACAUUGAACAGCAAGAAGAGAAAGAAAGGAGGGCUCUUGCGAAUGAUGAUUCUGAGAAUAGUAUCAGUGAAAGUGAUGCCGAUGAAUCAGUCGAUGCGAGAAAUAUCUCCUCCAAAGAACUCAAGCCAAGGACUAGGCAACAAGAUACCGCCAACAAAGGGCAAGUACCUCGUAGCUUUCAGGCCCCUGCUGAACCACCGGGAGAAAGAUCGAAAACGCUGACAGAAAAUCUUACAGAUGAAACUUCUGAAAAUCGAGUUUUUGAAUCUAAAAGUUCAUCCCUGGAAAGAAGCAGGGAAAAAACUGAAGAAACAGUCAGAGGAGCAACUAAAGACAGAAGCAUAUCACAAGAUGCUGAUAGCUCUAGUACUUCCAGUGACUCAAGUUACUCAACCUCAACCUCUUCCUCUUCUUGUAGCUCCCGUAACAAACGAUCCAAAGCAAAGCUAAAGCUAAAGGCAAAAAAAGAGAGCAAAGAUCGCUCUCGCAGUAAGGGUAGUCGAGAUGAAGGUAGCUCUUACUCGCGUCAUGCAAAAAGGCUGAGUUCCGAGUCGCACUCAUCCUCACAGAGCAAACAUAAACGUUCCUCCAGUAGAGAGUCAAGAAUCCGAGCUAGCUCUAAAAGGAGCACACAUUCAUCGGAGAGAAGUAAGAAGCGUAACUUGGAUCGUUGCUCUCGCUCUGGCUCAUGGGAGAGAGAAAGGCAUAAAAGCAGGUCUCACAGUCGUAAUAGAUGUGGGAAGUCUAGGUCUCCACGCGCACAUAGAAGUAGCUAUAGGAGUCACAGUCACAGAUCUACUCACUCUAAGUCUAGUAGAUCUCCAUCUAGCAAGUACUCCCAGUUGAAUGAGGGUAAGACAAGGCAUGAAAAAUGGCGAAGGCGUUACUCCGACAGCUCCCCUGAGUAUUACUGUGGUAAAAAAAAGCAUCGUCGAAGGUGAAUAAAAUUUCCUUGUCAAUUAAAGGUUGCACUCUUGUUUUCCCUGAACAAUUUUUUUUAUUCUAGUGGUAUUGCUUCAAAGUAUGUUUUGAACUACAAAAACAAAAUCUGUUUCAUUUCGAAUGAUACCAUAACAGUAUGAUCUUGGUUAAACUACUCAGUGAAGCGUUCUCCAUCCUUUCUGCAUGAAAUAUUGGUUUUUAGAAAUAGUAAAAUUCCAUUGAGAGUGUCAAGAAUUUUGAUCAGUGGCUCAUUUUUUAUAAAAUCUUAUAUUUUUUUUUUUUUUGAAAACAAUUAUUGCUUACAGAAAAUUCUGCAAUGUCAGGUAUCAUAAAAGAAAUUCGAUCUUCAAAUGGUUUGAAUGUCUCUUGUGUGUCAUUAGUGAAAAUUCCGAGAUGCAAGCUAUUUAUUAAUCAAAUUUUGUGUAUUAGUGAUUUGAUGUACUGGACAGGAUUUUAGUUCGCAGAAUUUUUGUAAACAUGUUUUAAAAUUUCAAAAUGAUCUCUUUGCCAGGAGGAUAGAGAAGUGUUGAAUUGUAAUCUUAAGAGCCAUUUUUAUUAUGAAAUCAGCUAUACAUAAAGUUUCUUGGUGACAAAAGUUAGGAGUGAGUGAUUAAAUUAAAAUUGCAUUCAAGCAAGGUACAUCUGUGUAGAGAAGCGCCCUCUUUGGUAUCUUCUGGAGAAAGAGUGAUGAACUAAUUCUGAGGAAAGAGACUUGUCAGGCAUACUUUCAGCUUCAAAAGAAGCUGAAGCCUGUGAAAUCGGCCCAAAGAUUGCUUGAAAACUCAACUUUACUGCAAUAGCCCUCUAUUGCAGUACGCCUACCUAGUGGUGCUCCAGUGAAUGGCACAGCAGUUUCCCAACUUUUUCUCGGAGAGUGCUGGAAGAUCAGAAAAUGUAGAAUUAGUUUUUCAUCUUCUUAUUCUCAGUUUCAAAUGUUGAGUUUGUUAACAUUCUUGAUCAACCGGUUAGUGAGAAAAUUAGAUUUUUUUUGCAGAUCGUUUUCACCUCUCGCUGCGCCUUGAAUUGAGUAAUUCUUAUGUAAGAAUCAGUUAUUAAGUCGAAUGAGCUUGUCCAGUUAUUUUAAUUCUUGCAUUUUUGAAAAGUAAAGAAUGAACGUAGUUCACAGGAGUUUCCCUAGGUUUUUUUUAACAACAUCAAGUCACGAAAAUACGAGUUCAAAGUUUCUAGAUUUUAGUUUUCAUUUAAAUGAGUAUCGGCGAGAAAGGUAAGAUGGCGUGCACAGAGAUUGGUCCGGUCGCGGUUGCGUCUCGCCCGUGUCAUCCCUCUCGUACGAUCCAUACGCCGUGUGGGCGUGCGUGCGUUGAUAGGGCUAUACGAAGCACGGGUCGUGCAUGAAGGAUCAUACAGGCGUGACGCAACCGCGGCUGGACGGAUCCCUACGUGCACCAUCUAGCCUCUCUCGCCGAUGCGCGUUUAAAUGAAAACUUAUAUCACACAACUUUGAACUCGUUCAUCGUCGCUUAAUACCUUUCCAAAAUAUCGAGGAAAAUUCCUUUGAAUUAAGUUCACUCCCUGCUUUUCAAAAAACGCAAUGAUUAAACAUUAUUAAACAAGCUCAUUCCUCACAAGUAGGGAGUAUCAUAGUAAGCACAACAAACCACUCCCUGCGUGUCUAGGAUUUCCGAAACUAAUCUGUUAUGAGGCCAAGGAUCAAUAAAUAUCUUUGUAACUAAAUGAUACCAAAUGAGAACCUAGUAUCAGUUCCCUGAUGACCAUUGACUUACCAGAUCAUCAUGAUCAGUGUGACAUUUGAACUCUAUUAUAUUUUGGUCUAUAAGGUCAGGAGCGUAUGUCAUAAUAAAUAAACAUGGUGAAUACAAUCAAUCGGAUGAAAGGCGCCGCUUUAUCCACAACUGCUAUUACACUAGCAUGUUUUGGUCCUCACAUCUACGUGUGUUUUACUUUUUAAGCAUUAAAACUAAUGUUUCGCUUGAGAUUGUGGGCAAAAAGGCCUGGCAUAUCUCUCACUAAAGUUUCAUUUGAUGAUGACUGAUGACUCCUUAGGAAGGGUACCUCCUUUACCAUCAUAAUCUUUGGUAUUUACACUCUUACUCUCUCAGUCAGCUCUGCACAGGUUCUCGUCAGCCCGAAAAACAUUCAUUUUGCAGAUUCAAGAUGAAUUGAAUGUUGUAAUCACUCCCUGUCAGAGAUCUCAUUAUUCUAAUUUUACAAUUUAAAUCAUCAUCUUUUUUAAUGAUGUCAGCACUUCCUUUCUUUAGAAAUCAUGUUGAUGUAAGAGUAAACAAUUUUUAUUUAUUA